CUCCCACUUUGUUUUCUAACGUGCUUCAAUUAACGCAGUUGGUAACUCUUUAUUUCAUCGUUUACUCUUUUUCUCUUUCGCAAGAAUAGUAGGCUUCGCUAUUCUUCUUCUUGAUAAUAUUGUUUGCUGUUUCGGUUCGCGUGUUAAGAUAAAAAAUUCAAGUAAAAUGGAUGAAUUGGAAGAAAUUUUAAUAAAAUUGAAUGGAGAAAUGUUCCUUAGCCUCUUUCGCGAGGGCGGUUUUACUACGGAAUCAAUGAUGCUGCUCAAACCAAGUCAUUUGGAUACCCUCGUCGAUGCGGCGCAAUUUGGACCAAGGAUAAUAUUUGAGCAUAAUCUUAAUUGGCACACCGAACAGGACGUUCAUGUGCAAACAGCUCAAAGUGACGAGGGCGCAUCAUUCGCAAAUGCAAAUAUUGCAGAGAAAACACUCGAAGAAAUUUUAAGGGGAUCGGUUAGUGGAAGUCAAGUUUUGAAGUACUACAGUAAGACAAAAGUUCUUACGCCAAAAUACAGAAAAUUGCUUGCAGCAACAAUCGCAAACUAUUUGAUUUCGUCCGGAGUAAACUCGAGCCCAAAAACAUUUGAAUCGUUCGCCAGCCAGAUAUCGAAUUUCUUUUUAAGUGAGUCGAAGGACAUACAUUACAUACAUAAAAAGGGGAAAAACCAGGCGGAUGUUUAUACACUAAAUACCACAGCACUUUAUUCAAAUGUAGGCAUUAUAAAUAAAAAGCCCGCCGAAGAGAAGCCGCAAAAAGCAGCACAUAGCAAUUUAUGUACGACAGGUACGGAUGCGGUCACAUGCUAUCUUCUACAUUCUGUUUUAGUUCCAACCAGCCGAGAAUACAAAACGUGCAAGCAAACAAAAAAGCAACAUUUGGUCAAAGCCACUAUUGAAGAUUCCAGAAACAGUUUUUUAAUAUGGGCAACAACUAAUUGUGAACUUCAAUCAAAACUGAAAUUAAUGGUUGAUGAGAAUUAUAAGGGCAAAAGCACCAUUCAGCCCAUCAUAUGUGCUAUUGGAAUGAGCUUGCUUGAGAGCAACGAAUAUUUCGUGUACUUCGCCAACAUAUUUUAUAAGUUCGAUAAUGUUAUCAAAUGUAUUGAUGUGUGUUUUAAGAUAUUCCACGUACUUAAUCUUAAAUAUCCUUCCGAAUGCAAAUCUAUUUGGUUUUUUGUCCAGCAAUACUUUUAUGACAUUGCUUUGGAAUCACACGAGAAAAGUACCUCAUUGUGUGCAAUAUUAAGUGAUUUAAGACAAUUUAAAUGUUUUAAUAAUAACUAGAAAUGGAAGGAAAAAUUAAAUGUUUUGUGUGCACACAAUCUUUUGAACAAUGCGAUCGUUUAUUUAAACAUUUCAAAAUUAUUCACUGUUUAUCACAAUACGAUAUGUACAAAUGUGGAUUUACAGCUUGUAACCAAUCAUUUACGAAUUUUAAAUCACUUUGUAGGCACAUGCGAAUUGAACGCAAAAGAUAUGAAAUUACUUUAUUAAGCAAUCAGAAUGUAAAAGACGAAUGUUUAUCUAAUACUACUUCAAUGGUACCUAAUACUAUAAUAACAGAUACUGGUAAUCAAAGUACAAAUACUUUAAGUAACAUAACAAGUUUAAAUGUAAAUGAAGAAACUUUAAAAGAAGGUUGCAUUAAAUUGUCCUAGAAAAGAAACCGUUGAGUUGCAAAGAGAUGUUACAAACAUGAUUUUGUGUCCAUUAAAAAACCAUUUAAAACAAAUAUUGCAAAAUUUCGAUUCGCUAGGAAAAAACGAUAUUAAAGCUGAUAUUGAAAAUUUAGUAAAUAUUUGUAGCGAUCCAUUUAAAGACUUUAACUCAGAGUAUAAGUUUAUUAAAACUCUUAAAGAACUAAAUUUAUACGAAAAUCCACAAGUCAUCACCAUAAAUAAUUCAAUAAGUAACUUGCAAACUAGACAUGUAAACAAAUUAAAUGCAGCAUUAGUAAGGGGUGUGUUAUUUCCAAUUAAAUUUCAAAUAAAAAAAUUUUUUGAAUUGCCAGGCAUGUACGAAAAUUUUUCUAAAAGUCUUGAAUACUUAACCACCAAUAACGAAGUUUUAAAAAAUUUUGUAAAUGGCGAUAUUUGGCAAAAAAAAAUUCAAAAUUAUAAAAACAAGUUAGUUAUUCCAUAUUUUCUAUACUUCGAUGACUUCGAAGUUAACAAUCCCUUAGGUUCACAUAGUUCAUCAGUUUUAGCAGUAUAUUAUUCCUUCCCCACCGCGCCAAUUUCUGUUAAACAUAAACUUCAAAGUAUUUUGAUAGCCGCUCUUUUUAAAUCACAAGAUGUUAAACAAUUCGGUAAUGAUAAAUCAUUUUAUAAGUUAGUAGAAAUACUAAAUGAUUUAGAAAAUAAUGGUAUUGAAAUUAAAACACCAAACGGCAAUAAAAUAAUUUAUUUAUGUUUAGGUUUGAUAAUUGGAGAUAAUUUAACGCUUAACAAUAUUCUUGGAUUUUCUCGUUCAUUUUCUUCUAACCAUUAUUGUCGAUUUUGUAAAAUAAAUAAAACCGAUGCCAAAUUCGCUUUUAUUGAAGAUAAUAGCCAAUUAAGAGAUCAACAAAACUACGCUUACGAUAUUUCUUUGAACGAUUUCGAAAAUACUGGCAUAAGAGAGUUUUCCAUUUUUAAUAAUGUCAAUAAUUUCCACGUAGUAGAAAAUUUCUCUGUUGAUUUACUUCAUGACAUCUUUGAAGGCGUUUUUAAAUACGGUUUUUGUAAUAUAAUCUUACAUUAUAUUCAUAAAAAGAUAUUU